AUGGGUUCCCUUGCGCCUACCACUGUCCCUCCUGGUGGCCUCGUCUUGGUCACCGGUGUGAAUGGCUUCUUGGCCUCGCAUCUUGCCCUCAACCUGCUUGAGCGCGGCUACAAGGUGCGAGGCACGGUGCGAUCUCAGGAGAAGGCGGAUUGGAUUACCGAAGCCAUCGCGAAGCGCUAUCCAGACGCCUCCUUCGAGACGGCGGUGGUGCCGAACAUCUCCGCUCCGGGGGCCUUCAACGAUGCCAUCCGCGGCGUCGAUGGCAUCGCCCACGUGGCCAGCGACCUGUCCUUCGGUAGCGAUCCCAACAAGGUCAUCACUCCUAUGCUGGAGGCCCUCCGGAACAUCCUGAACAGCGCCGCCAACGAACCGAGCGUCAAGCGCUUCGUGUUGACCAGCAGCGCCAUUGCUGCGCUGACCCCGCAGCCGGAGAAAGAGAUCCACGUUGACACCAACACCUGGAACGACAGCAGCAUUGAGCGGGCAUGGCGACCGGCACCGUAUGAACCCGAGAGGUGCUGGGACGUCUAUGCCGCCCUGAAGACCUCCACUGAGCGGGAGUUCUGGAGGUUCGCCCAGGAAAACAAUCCCGCGUUCGUCGUCAACGCCGUCCUACCGGAUUUCAUUGUGGGGCCCAUCAUCCAUGCCCAGCAGAAUGGCAGCACUGGCCGCUGGGUGAAGGAGUUCUUCGAUGACCCCGUCAAUUACUACAAGCCCCUGCAGACCUUCAUUCCCCGGCACUUUGUCGAUGUCACCGACGUGGCCCUGCUGCAUAUUGCGGGAUUGACGCACGAGGAUGUGCAGAAUGAGCGGCUGCUGGCCUUUGCCGGCCCGUUCAACUUCAACAGCUGGUUGAAUGUGUUCCGCAAGAUCGAUCCUGCGAAGCCAUGGCCUGAGGAUGAUCCCAAUCAGGUCCAUGAUCGCAGUACGGUGGAUACUCGGAGGUCGAAGGAGCUCUUGAAGCGGUACUCCAGACUUGACUUUACGUCCUUCUUUGACAGUGUGCGCGAUAAUUGUCUCAACAGCGACCCGAAGUGGAAGCGGUCGAACUUUCCCUGA